AUGCAAAAACGCCAAAACACCAUGGAAUUGGCUCCGAAGCGCAUCAAAAAAGCCAAACGUACCGUCCAAAGGGCUGAACCGGGCUCUUUGGAUGUGAUCAAUAACGAAGUGAAUUGCAAUGAAGACCAUAUCGACAUCUCAGUUGCGUUGGACUUGGACAAUAUAUUCAAUAUCGAUCCUAUGAAUUUGAGCAUCGGGCCAUUGGAUUCUCCUUCGACUCAAAACACUCCGACGAUCAUGCCCGAUCUCGUUGGCUUGCAGAUGGAUGUCAAUCAAAAUGAAAACGUCAUGAUUGACAACCAAACCGAUGUCAAUAACGAUCAUCCCCAGGAACGUCUGGACGAUGUGCCUGACCGAAUCCUUCCGGGCACUCCGAGUGUCAACCCGCCCGAUAUCCCUGAAUUGCAGAUGAAAUUCAAUGAAAACGAAGAGAUCCAGAUUGACAACAACCAAAUCGCCGCCAACAAUGAUGACCCCCAGGAACGUCACAAAUCUAUCGAUGGCAGCACCGCGCUUGUUUCUCAUGAAGAUCUGGCUUCUUCGCAGAAGGCAGGAUCGACUCAUGAUAUGUUCCAGUGUCAAUGCAAACCGUGCACUAUCCGUGUUUCGUUUUGGGAAUUUGGCCAUGCUUUGAUAGCACACAUAAACCCGAAAUCAACAGAGGACAAAAAGAAAAAGGGUCAAUGGGUAACCCCUGCCGCCGAGUUCUUCGAACGGUUUUAUGGGCAUCUCAUUCGAUUGAACGACACCAAAGGCUUCAAUCAAAGCGAAGGCGCAAAGCAUGAAAUUGGUAAAGGAGCCAAGAAGGUUGUCGACAUCAUAUUCGGACGAUUGCGAUGGAGGGAGGCUGAGGACGCCAAGCCUCCUGUGGACAACAGCCAUCUGAUCGCUUUCAGAAACGGCCUUGUUUACGACCGAAAAGUCGGUGAAUAUCGGGAGCGCACCGAUGAAGACGGCGAUAUUGAAGCGUUUGACUAUGAUCUUGUUGAGUGGGAUCCCGAGAAGUAUCCCAAACAGCGGUACUUGUGGGAUGCCUUUUGCAAAAUGUGGCCUGACUCCUCCGAUCGUUUCUUCGGGCUCACCAAUCUCAGUACCAUCCUGGGAAGCAGACGCGGUCUUCGUGAACUGCUUAUACUUUACGGUCCAAGUUCCAAUGGCAAAAGUUUGGUUGGAAGAUUGAUGAAACUUAUGACAUGUUAUCGGUUUCUGGGAGCGACCGCCAGCAGCCUACAAAGCAAACCGGGGAACGGAAAUAAGCCGUCUGACAUUCACUGGAAAAUGGGGCAAAAAUCAACACUUAUCACUUGGUUUUCUGAAGGGGAUGAGAAGGAUUUGUAUUCCGGUUCGGCAGUCAAAAUGGCUGUCGGAGGAGAUUCUGCGUACCUUAGGAGGGCUUAUGGCAAGAAUGAAGAACUUACGAUAACGGGAUUGGUUGUUCUCGCUACAAAUCAUCUUCCAUAUUUCGAUUGUGGACUCUACGACAACGAUCACAGAGAUAUUACGGACAAGUUGGUUGUAAUACCUUGCAAAUCGAAGUUCGUCAGCGCUCAUGAACAUGAAGAUCCGAGUCAACAUGUAUAUUAUAAGGACGGUGAACUCGACCGGCUCAUCAACAACGAAGACCGGGACUUAGCGAGUGCCAUGAUGGCACUCAUGGUUUCUUUGCAUCACGAUCAUCUUCAAACGGAAGAAUAUCCAUUACUGAGCAAGCCCGCGUCAGUGAUUUCAGCGACUGCAGAUUUAGUCACAAGAGUGCAUCCGUAUCGAACUUUUGUAAAAGAAAUGUGCGUUAUUGAAGAAGGCGCCAAAAUGCGACAAUGCAUGGCUAUGGCGUGCCUCCAAAAUUGGACAAAACAGCAUCCAGUAUGGCGCAAAUGCUCACCGCGGACCCAGGAUUUCAAGGCUUUCCUGCUUCACGCGUACCCUGCCGUCUCCUUUGGUACGAACCGACGAAUCGACGGGGUCCAAACAACCGGGUUUUACGGGAUCCGGUUGAAGGAAGAGGAGGGGGACAAACAUGGAGGACGUGAUAAGUUCCUACUGAGCGAUAUUGACAUCCUAUCAAAAGCCAUUGAAGAGUAG